ACUGCGAGCCGCCGUCAGUCGCAGCUUGGUGGGGCCGGGGCUGGCUAUCGGCAGCGCCGAUAACUAAGCAACAAUAGGACGCACGCUGUCUCUUCGGGCGAAAACAUCUGAUCCUGACAAAAGACAGCGGGAGCAGCGCCACUUAUCACCGGCUACAUCAAACCUCGUGGAAAGUUGCCCUCGCCCACUCUACUCAUGGACUCGGUAGGAACCGAUCGCGAGAGACAGCGAAGAGAAAGUAUCUCUUGGUCGUGCACGCCAUCCAGUUGUCCUGUUGUCGGGUUUCCCGAUAUCCGUACCAAACACGGCACCGUCUUCUGCUGGUUGUGUCUGGGGUACACGUGACGCUGGUUAGUUCAGGGACAUCGACGGGACGGUCGCCGAAUCGAGUUCUCCAGCUUUUUUUUGUUCGAUCUCCCCUCCCGGGACAAGUUACAACUGUGAGACAGCUUGUUUACCUACUAUAAGAUAUCAAAUUGUCCCGUUGGCUCGCUCCCAUGGGGACCAGAAGCCGACAAGACAUGUCUGCACUUGUCCCACGUGAGUGUUUUCUUACCUAGUCCAGGAAGGCCGGUGUCCUCUGGUCACGCAAGAAAAGACUCAAAAAGGGUGACCGCAAUAGAGAUCUUGUCUGCUCCUCUCGUUCAAGCCAACCAAGGUGAACUGUGGACCCGUGCCCAGCUUGAGCAUCCCCUGCCAUAAUCAGACCGACGUCCUGCUUGUAGCGAGCGGAGGAGGACCAUGUCCGUGAAAGGCCGUCGGCGCCCGGUUUAGAAACUGGCUUCGACAACAGCGCGCUGUUGCGGCAGCAUAUCGGAGUUUCUGGAGAUGGGAGAUCCAACCGAGAAUCGUGAUGGAGGAGUCGACAGACUUUGCGUGCCGGACGAAACGAGUCCUCUGCUCGCGUUCGUCGGGCCCUUGCGUACUCGUCGAUGUUCGUCGCUGGGGAGUCGCGACGACUACGCCGAGUGCAACGACCUCGCCGAUGUGGAGGCGCCCUCGGAGGACAAGUCCUUUGCCGCAGUGUCCGCAGUCUGGUUGAAGAAACUCAAGAUAUUCCUUCUGUGCGCCGUCGUCGUCUUCGCCGUGGUGGUGAUGAGCUUCGUACCCGAAGUGUCGGAAACGUGGAUAAACAUCUCGCUCAACGGGAACGAGUCCUACCUGCGCAACCUGAACCAGAUCUUGGAGCCGGAGCAUCCGGUGAUCCGUGUCCGCGCCAAGGGCCCCUUCAUCGCCAAAGAGCUGGCCAACCUGACGGGCGUCUGGACGGUGUUCAGCAUCGUCGGGGACAGCGGCGACUCCGUGAGGGUGCCCACGGCGCCGCUGCCGCUUCAGCCGCCGCCCCAGCCAUUCGAGCACCUCUUCACCAUGCCCAAGGACCAGCUCAGAGCGCACAACGGCGGCUACGCCCUGGAGAUCCAUCUGGAGACCAGCGACCCGUACCAGGCCACGCACCAGGACCCCCAGGUGGCCCUCAGCUUGGCCGUGACGGCCUUCACUGAGCUCAACCAGCAGGGACUGCUCAUGGGCGGCGCCGUCCUGAUCGGCCUCUACGUCCUCAUCGUCUUCGAGCUUGUGCACCGCACCCUGGCGGCCAUGCUGGCAGCCACAGCGGCCAUCGCCUGUCUAGCCCUCAUCGGAGACCGGCCCAGCCUGGCCAAGGUGAUGUCCUGGCUGGACGUGGAGACCCUGAGCCUGCUGUUCGGCAUGAUGAUCCUUGUGGCCAUCCUGUGCGAGACGGGCUUCUUCGACUACGCGGCUGUCAUAGCCUUCCGCCUGGCCCGGGGCCGCGUCUGGCCCCUGGUCACCACGCUGUGCGUCUUCACGGCCGUCGUGUCCGCCUUCCUGGACAACGUCACCACCAUCCUGCUCAUGACGCCGGCCACCAUCAAACUCUGCGAAGUCAUGGACCUUGACCCCAAACACAUCCUCAUCUGGUUAGUGAUCUUCUCCAACAUAGGGGGCGCAGCGACACCUGUCGGAGACCCUCCGAACGUCAUCAUCAUCUCCAACCCUCAGGUCGUGUCCCUGGGCAUGGACUUCACCUCAUUCACGGCCCACAUGAUUCCCGGUGCCGUACUCUGCGCCCUCGGAGCGUACCUGGUGCUCCGCUGGAGGGACCCCGCGAGCCUGCGGCCCCGCGACCCCCCGGAGCUGCUGGAGCUCCAACGGGAACUGGACAUCUGGCGCAAGGCGUUCCGCUCGCUGUCCGACUACUCCAGGGACGAGAAGCACGUCAAGGACAUCCUCGAGAGGAAGGUCAAGAGGCUGGAGCGUAUGCGCCAGCGGAAGAUCUCCGACAUGCGCUGCACCGAGGAAGGCUUCAAGCAGAACCUCCAGCUUCUCAGCGACAAGUACAAGAUCCAUAACCGAGGCCUUCUGGUCAAGACGGGCAUUGUCCUCAGCGUCGUCAUCCUGCUUUUUUUUCUCCAGAGUUUUCCCAACCUUCACCUAAGCCUGGGCUGGAUCGCCAUCUUGGGCGCCCUUCUGCUCCUGGUCCUGGCGGACCUGGACGACCUCGAAGCCAUCAUGGCGCGCGUCGAGUGGACGACGCUAGUCUUCUUCGCCGCCCUCUUCGUGGUCAUGGAGGCCCUGGGCGAACUCCAGCUCAUCUGGUUCAUCGGGCAGCGGACCCAGGCCUGGAUCAGCGCGCUCCAUCCGCAGUCCCAGCUCCCGAUCGCCAUCUUGAUCGUGACCUGGGUGUCUGCCCUGGCCUCCAGUCUGAUGGACAACAUCCCCUUCACCACGGCCAUGGUGAAGAUCGUAGCCGGCCUGGGGCCCAUGGACUCCCGGCCUCUCGUGUACGCCCUGGCGUGGGGCGCCUGCCUGGGCGGGAACGGCACGCUGAUUGGCGCGUCGGCCAAUGUGGUAUGUGCCGGAGUCGCCGAGCAGCACGGACACCGCUUCACCUUCUUCGACUUUUUCAAGGUCGGCUUUCCUGUGAUGCUGCUGACGACUGCUAUUGCAUCUUUUUGGUUGCUCUUCUGUCACGUUUUGCUGGAGUGGAACUCAUAGAUGCAAGAAGAGGAAAAGAAAGACACCUUACGUUUGUUGUUUUGUUGCGAAAAAACAAAAAAGAAAACACUUUUUAUACACAAUA